UUCUGCCAAGCCGCACUGUGUACAGGGUAUCCGCCGCUGUAAGCUUUUCUCUCUUAGACCGGAUUUUAGUUUCGACGGUGUCGGGAAUCAUCUCUACGCAGGCCUCGGCCUGGCCAUGGCCGCGAAUGGCCAGCAGCAGCUUAGGCGACUUGUAUCACAGCUAGGAUGGCAGCUCGGCCGUGGCGCCGGGAGCGAGGCCACACCGGCCCCGACAACGUCGUUGCUCCGACAGUGCGGCAUGUUAAGCAUGCGCGCCAUGUCGACAGGUGCCUCUAGUGUCGCAGCAUCAGCGGCAGGCCGCGCCGCAGGGCCUCGUGGAGAAAUGAGCGGCAUCAAGCGAUUGCUGCAAGACUACAAGCAGCUGAGCAAGUUCAAACUCAGUUCGCUGGUGGUGCUUACAGCAAGCGCUGGCUUCGUUGCGGCCAGCGGGGAGCACAUCGACUAUGCAAAGCUCGGCUGGACGUGCCUGGGCACCCUCGGCGCCGCAGCCUGCGCCAACACCUUGAACCAGGUGUACGAGGUGGCCAAUGACCGGCUCAUGAACCGGACCUGCAACCGGCCGCUGCCGGCCGGCCGCAUGGGCCGCCUGCAUGCACUAGCGUUCGCGGCUGUAUGCGGCGCCAGCGGGCUUUGGAUCCUCAAUGAGAAGGCCAACGGGCUGACUGCCGGCCUGGGCGCCGCGAACAUCCUGCUGUACGCGGCAAUCUACACGCCGCUGAAGCAGAUGACGAUAGCGAACACCUGGGUGGGCGCCGUGGUGGGCGCCAUCCCGCCGCUCAUGGGCUGGGCCAGCGCCGCGGGUGAGCUGGACGCCGGCAGCGCGGUGCUGGCGGCGGCGCUGUUCUUUUGGCAGAUGCCGCACUUCCUGGCGCUGGCCUGGAUGUGCAAGGCCGACUACAUGGCGGGCGGCUUCCGCAUGCUGUCCAUGGUGGACGCCACCGGCCGCCGCACCGCGCUAGCGGCGCUGCGCCACAGCCUCUACAUCGCGCCGAUCGGCCUGCUGGCGGUGCUGGCCGGCUUCGCCUCCGAGCCGUUCGCCUGGGAGGCCGCGGCGCUGUCUGCGUAUCUGGUGUACGGCUCGGCGCAAUUCGCGCGCACCCCAAGCCAGGCCAGCGCGCGCAAGCUGUUUAAGGGCAGCCUGCUGUACCUACCGCUGCUGCUGGUGGCGCUGGGGGUGCACCGCCUGCCCAACCAGCACAACGUUGACUGGGACACGCUCAGCGGCCGCGUGCUUGACUGCGUGCCGGCCGAGGCGCGGCUGCAGCUGGGCCGCGCGUGCGCGGUUCUGGAGGGCGCGGCGGCACAAGUGAGCGACCGGCUCGUGGAGAACAACAUCAAGUGCCCCAGCAAGGCGUACGGCGACUCCGAGGAGCUGCACACGCCGCGGUCAGGCCAGCAGCAGGACCAGGGGCAGCAGCUGCAGGCGCAGUCAGCAGAGGAGCAGCAGAAGCAGAAGCCUUGAUAUCUUGCAACGACCAAGGACUACCCGGGGCUUAGGUGGCAGCGGCCGGGAAGUUGCUGUGACUGGCGGGCUUGCGCGCACGCCAUGGCUUAAUUUGACUAACCGAAUGACUCCCAUACGCAUUGAGGACUGUUGACUUGCCAGUAGUGUGUUCGACGCGGCCUAGCUUGCUGGGUGAUACUGUUGAAGAGAAUACCCUGCGAGCAGCGAUUAGAGCCAGUGAAGGUAGGUAGCGGUGUACAUGACGUUUGAGACUCGAUGUUCGUGACGCGCGGAGGACCGCUAACAAACAUUCAUGUCCAUGCGGCGGCGGCAGGCCCGCCACGACUGAAGGACUGAAGCACUGAAGUGGUGCAUGUUAGCCGGAGUUGAAGGCGUCGGAGAUGUGAGGAGCAACAGGGGCAGCCGUGUUGUACGGUGGCCGUAUCACACGAUGACACAAGGCAGGGACUCGACGAGGCGCAGAGCACGCCCGCAUACUGUAGCACGUCAUGCGAGGCGGCGCUGGAGCCUGGAUUGCAUGUAACGUGGACGCCUGGACUGGCGCGUGCGAGGGUGUGCGAUGGGACAGUGGCAAGGGAGGUUGGCGAAUUCCCGUAGGGUGCAGCUGAUUCCCAGACCCCAGCAGAUGGCAAACAAUUUGUAACGGCAGUGCAUGAGCUUGCGACUGGUCGGACGCCGGAGUCACUGUAGUACUGUACCCGACAAGUUGCUGGCUGGCUGGAAGUUUGCUGCUGGCGCGUGCGAGGGUGGGGCGGUGGGCUAGUAACAUGUGUCAUGUGGCCAAUGGGAACAGUGACGUGAACAUUACACCGCACGGCCUCACGCUGCGCCAGCCUGUCCCAUCGCUUGCGCCUCCCACAGUGCCUGCAGCUUUCAGAGUUCAGUCGAGCGGCUGCUCGACUGACCGAAUAACGGCGCGUAACGGCAGGCUCCAGGCCUCCUUCGACUGGUGUGUCUUCCCUCAUGGCCUCACGGCCAUCAGCACAGUAUCAUCAUCAGUGU